GUGCAGUGAACUCAGACAACGCAGACAGGCAACAUCACAGUAACAUUGAUAACCGGAGGCAGGUCUGCAGGCAGGAAGCACAAACAGGUAAACCGCAGGUAAACGCUCCACAUCGUAACAGCGCUCAACGUUUUGUCUCUGUGCUCUUAGUUUGGAAGGCCCCAGAGGUCGCCAGACUUCCUGUUAUGUCUGGCCGUCGGGGGAGCAUGACACAGCCCCCUCCUCCUCCUCCUCCUCCCCCGGUGAGCGUGCAGACAGUCUGGAUCCAGACGGAGUCGCACGCGGACGCGCCGACGGACGGACCUCCCGCCUCACGGACCCGGCAGCGGAUCACAGCCGAGCGGAGAGCGCCGAGCCCCGGUGACCAUGUCGGUGCUCGGCCCCGCCCCCAGCAGCGCAGACGCCUGUCUCAGCAUCGUCCACAGUCUGAUGUGCCACCGGCAGGGCGGCGAGAACGAGGGCUUUGCCAAGCGCGCCAUCGAGAGUCUGGUGAAGAAGCUGAAGGAGAAGAAGGACGAACUAGACUCCCUCAUCACCGCCGUCACCACCAACGGCGUCCACCCCAGCAAGUGCGUCACCAUCCAGAGGACGCUGGAUGGCCGGCUGCAGGUAGCGGGUAGAAAAGGCUUCCCUCAUGUGAUCUACGCACGCCUGUGGCGGUGGCCAGACCUCCACAAGAACGAGCUGAAGCACGUCAAGUUCUGUCAGUUUGCCUUCGACCUGAAGUACGACAGCGUGUGUGUGAACCCCUACCACUACGAGAGGGUGGCGUCCCCCGCCACAGGUCCUCAGUCUCUCAUAAAGGAGGAGUUUAUGCAGGAGUGUCUGCAAAUCGACCUGCCCCCCCAUGCCGACCCCUAUGGCCACCCGCGGCCUGUCGGCAUGUAUCCCAGCAUGCCUUUGUCUCCCCCAGGCAGCAGCUCCAUGGUGCCUGCAGCUCUGACCGCCGGGGGGUCGGCGGCGGUCUGGACGGACCCGGCCUCCUUCAGAUCGCUCCGCCUCCUAACCACGGGGGCAGGCUUCACCGCCUCACUCAAAUCCCCCUCACACGCCCAGCUCCCCAUCCCCCCACCCCAGCCUCCCCACAUCAGCAGAGCCCAGAGUACAGCGGCCCCCACAAACCUGCCAAUUGGGCAGGUAACAGCCCUGCCUCCUACACCUCUGCAGGACCGCAGCACAGUGGGCGCAGCAACCAGCCACAUCCGCCAUUGCACCAUCAUCAUCCUCAUCUUCAUCAACAACACCACGCCCCCAACACUCACUUCUGUAAGACAGCAUGUUAAAUGUUACUGCUUUAUUCAGUACUGUAGGUCACAGCAUCACAGCACCGCUCCGUAUCCACAGCCGGUGUCCAACCACCCAGGUCCAGAGUUCUGGUGCUCCAUCUCCUACUUCGAGCUGGACGUUCAGGUUGGUGAGAUGUUUAAGGUCCAGUCCAGCUGUCCACUGGUGACCGUGGACGGGUACGUGGAUCCUUCGGGAGGAGAUCGAUUCUGUUUGGGACAGCUGAGCAAUGUCCACCGUACAGCUGCCAGCCACCGCGCCAGGCUCCACAUCGGCCGGGGGGUUCAGCUGGAGUGUCGGGGGGAGGGUGACAUCUGGAUGCGUUGCCUUAGCGACCACUCUGUGUUUGUCCAGAGUUUCUAUCUGGACCGGGAGGCGGGCAGAGCACCAGGCGACGGCGUUCAUAAGAUCUACCCUGGAGCAUACAUCAAGGUGUUCGACCUGCGGCAGUGUCACCGGCAGAUGCAGCAGCAGGCGGCAGCGGCUCAGGCAGCUGUGGAGACUCAGGCAGCCGCGGUUGUCGGUGCAAUUCCCGGUCCGAACAGUGUGGGAGGGAUCGCGCCUGCUGUCAGUGUGCGCUCAGCGGCCGGUCUGGGCGUGGACGACCUCCGCAGGCUGUGCAUCGUGCGGCUGAGCUUCGUCAAAGGGUGGGGGUGUGACUACCCACGGCAGAGCAUCAAGGACACCCCCUGCUGGCUGGAGGUGCACCUGCACAGAGCGCUGCAGCUGCUUGACCAGGUGCUGCACACGCUGCCGCCGCGAGAGCACGCACUCUAGGACCUCCGCCGACAAACACACCGGAGCAGGUCAUCGGUCGGUUCACACGGGUUUCAGACAAUCAGCCGAUCGCAGCGUCUCGUUUCUGCUGUCGUUUAAGUUCGUUUCCGUGGAAACCAGCGUGACACGUUAAAGGGUCAGCUCACGCGAAGCGUCAUUGAGUUUCUGCUCGAGCACCCCCGCUGGUCUGCGGUUUAUUAGCUCCACCCCCUCAACAGGUGAACUGACCCUUUAAGCCUGAUGUCAGAAAUCAGCUGAUUACCAAAAAAUCCUCGUCAUCAUCAUCUUCCUCCUGUCGGUUUUUAGUUCCUUUAGCUGAUUGUUGACCAAAGAGCCAUUCCUGUUUCUUUGAUGACAUCACAUCCUGUUUACGUUGCGUUUCUGCUCCCUCUGACAGUCACAUUAUUUAUUCUGUCGUCUGCUUUUUUUCUCACGUUUAACUCAUUUAAAGGCUUUUAUACUGAAAGGGUGUAAAGCUCUGAAUCAUCAGCUGUCUCUUCAAAUUAAAAGUCUCUGGUGGAUAAAGA